CAGAGUCUGAUGCCCAAUUGUUUCUUCUUUAUUUGUAUUGACAUGUAGAUUAAUCUUGCAAAGAGAUUGAACAUUUACUAGUUACGAUUUAUAAAACAACGAGUUUCCACACGAAUCCUGAUCACCAUUGAUGAGGACGAAAACUAAAAAAUAAUAGUAAUAUGGGAAUUCCAACACCAAAUACCGAUCAUUUAAGUGAAAAACAGUUUUGGGAUGUGUAUGAACCAGCUGAGGAUACUUUUGCUUUACUUGAUGCUUUAGAAGAGGAUGCAGAAGAGCUACGAGAAAAAUAUAAAAAUGCAUUACCUAUUGUUGUAGAAAUUGGAUCCGGUUCAGGUUGUGUUUCUGCCUUUACAAAAUAUGGAGUGCUGGAAAACGUUAAUAGCUUAUAUUUUUCUACUGAUAUUUCCAUGUUAGCUUGCCGGGCUUCGAGCAUUACAAUGGCGAAAAACAAGACACCGUCUUGUUCAGAAUCCUUCUCUGAUAUUAUAAAUACAAGAUUUAUUCAAGCUUUAAGACUUCGGAAAUCUGUGGAUAUUCUUAUUUUCAAUCCCCCGUAUGUUCCUACAGAGACUCAGGAGAUACCUUUAGAGGGAACGAUAGCAGCAGCUUGGGCAGGGGGAUUUGAUGGGAUGGAAGUAACUUCAAAAUUGCUAGACUCGCUCGAUGACAUAUUAUCUCCCACUGGUGUUUUUUAUCUUGUGACAGUGGCCAGAAACAAACCAAACGAAAUCAUAAAGCAAAUGGAGUGUCGUGGCUUUAAGGGUUCCAAUGUUUUGGUUCGAAGGGCAGGUGGUGAAACAUUAAGUAUUUUGAAGUUUUAUAGACUGAGAUAUUGA